GGGGUCAAAAAGACUGCUUGGAGGGGACUGAGUGGCAGUGAUGACCUACCCUAGUUAGCUGAACGGUGACAACUGGGAUGAGGGGACUAGAGGCAGAGGUCAGGAGCCAGAAGAGCAGAUCUCUGCAAAAGCCCCUGAUCCGCAACAAAACCGAGAAUGAAGCCAGUCUCUGAUGGCCAGGGGUUCGGUCACUCCCCUGUGGCGCCUGUGGCUUCUGGCAUCACCAGUACCCAUACUUCUUUCCUCCCAUCUCCAGGUUGAUUCAACCCUACCUUCUUGAUUUCAGGCCACAACAUCCUCUGUCCUCCUCCUCCUCCUCUAGCCAAAGGCCCCAUAAACUUGAUGAGAAAGCCAGCCUGCCUUGCUUGAUCUAGCUGGGCGUGGUACGCAGACACAAUUCCCCUCCAACCUGGGGCAAGUGUUAGGGUGGGUGCCCCGCAAGCUCUGGAGACUUUCCUAUGCAUUUAUUUUCAUCAAAACAAAAAAUACAGCCAGAGCAGGAAUUUAAAAGGCCUGUGGCAGCUCCAGUGGUCAGAACAUCCUGUGCAACAGAAGAACUAGCAGCCAGCCUAAAUACCAUCAGAGAAUCCUCUAGGCCAAGAAUGACCCCCACACCCCCAAUUCUAGAGGCAGAGGGUCAGAGGGGUAUGGGGAAGAGCAGGCCUGGGGACCAAACCCCCACAACUAUGUAUUGGGUGUCAUGAGGUCUAGAUACCUUGGACUCUAUCAGGUCUUUCUUGGUGGCCUCCAUUCCUGUGUAUCAGGUGGUGUGGCUCUGGCAUAGUUGGGGCAUGGUUCCUCCCCCACCUCCCCAACAGACAGCAUCUCUUGCCAGGCAACUCAGAGCUCACCCUGGGCCAAAGCUGUAACCUGCCUGCUCACCCUCCCUUCUCCACAGGGCUCCAGACACUGUAGCUGGCAAGUGAACAGAAGCCAGGUCCACUAGGGCGGGACUGCCCACAACCCAGCAUCUGGCCCGGGUUGGUCGCCUGUAGCCAGCCGCCCCCCCCCCCACCUCCCACCAGCUCACACAGCCCUGGGGUCAUUGCCCACGUCUGGCCUCUGCCAAGUACACGUUGGCGCCACUAGGCCGCCACUCUGAGACCCCCUUAGGGGUGGGUCCUAACCGCGGAGGAGAGGAGGAUCCAGAGAUGGGGAUAUUUGGGGGAGAUUAAGGAGGGGGGAUGUGCAACUGUGCUUGUUCAGUGGCCUGUGGUCUCCAGGUGUGCUGCCAGUCCUGCGGUUCACUACCCCACCUCCCCCUCACACACAACAGUUCCCACUUUUCCAUUUAGCUUUCAACCCCAGAAAAGGGAAAUGCGGGUGCAAAGCGCAGAAUGAGAAGCCCAGAACUGAUAGAGAGGGGUCAUGGGAAAGCCCAUAUUCGUGGGUGCCACGGCUCGGAGAAGGGACGGGGGCAAAGGCACCAUUGCUAACCAGCAUCAUCAACCAGCUCUCUCAUCUCCUUGGGGUGAACUGAGAAGGGUCUACCCAGAAUCUGGAGCCAGACCCACAGCGGCUCUCACGCUUCGCCUGCUGGGCACAACAGACCCAUUAAAGCGCCGCUGGCUGGCUGACCGCGGUGAGACGCAUCCGGCUGUCGGGGCCCCACUUCCUCCCGCCCCGAAUCCAGGGUGACCUGUCUGCCAAGGGUGUAGGGGGGAAGGGGACGUGGAGACUCAAACUUGAGCAAAUAAAUAAGUUCUGGGAACGCCUCCCUCUGCCCAGUGGAAAUUCAGAGGUCCUCAACACACCUAUUAUCCCACCCCCAGGGUGGGGGUCCAGGUAGAGGAGAACAGAGAGAGGUGCAGCAUAGAGUUUGCGAGGAGGAAGCAAGGGGCUGGGGUUCAGGGGAAAGGUCCCCAACCCUACGCAUGGUCACCUGCUGUGGAAAGAGCCCCUAGCCGUCGAGGACAGGGGCUCAUUUCUGGGCGGGAGGGGGUUAAAUCAGUGGCUCCGAUGCUCCACGUAUUAGCUGGCUCCCCUGCCAAAUGCGGUCAGGGCGGCCCUAUAAAUGGGCCGGUAGACACAAGAAUCGAGGACUUGCUGCUGCCAGCGCCCCGCAGCCGCAGCCCCCAGCCCUGGCUCCAGGCGUCCCGGCCAUGGCCCGCGUGCUCUUACUCAGACUGGUCCUAUUUGCCAUUCUCCUGCCGGCGCUGGCUGCCUGCCCCCAGAACUGCCACUGCCAUGGCGACCUGCAGCAUGUCAUCUGUGACAAGGUGGGGUUGCAGAAGAUCCCCAAGGUGUCAGAGACAACCAAACUGCUCAACCUCCAGCGCAACAACUUCCCAGUGCUGGCUGCCAACUCGUUUCGGACCAUGCCGAACCUGGUCUCCCUGCACCUGCAACACUGCAACAUCCGGGAGGUGGCGGCUGGUGCCUUCCGAGGCCUGAAGCAGCUCAUCUACCUGUACCUGUCCCACAAUGACAUCCGGGUGCUGCGAGCCGGAGCCUUCGACGACCUGACUGAACUCACUUACCUCUAUCUAGACCACAACAAAGUGUCAGAGCUGCCCAGGGGGCUGCUCUCCCCUCUGGUCAACCUCUUCAUCUUACAGCUCAACAACAAUAAAAUCCGAGAGCUGCGGGCUGGAGCCUUCCAGGGUGCCAAGGACCUGCGCUGGCUCUACCUGUCGGAAAAUGCCCUCAGUUCCCUGCAGCCUGGGGCCCUGGACGAUGUGGAGAACCUCGCCAAGUUCCACCUGGACAAGAACCAGCUUUCCAGCUACCCCUCCGCUGCCAUGAGCAAACUUCGGGUGGUGGAGGAGCUAAAGCUAUCCCACAACCCCCUGAAGAGCAUUCCAGACAAUGCCUUCCAGUCCUUCGGCAGAUACCUGGAGACACUCUGGCUAGACAACACCAACCUGGAGAAGUUCUCAGAUGGCGCCUUCCUGGGUGUGACCACACUGAAACACGUCCACUUAGAGAACAAUCGCCUGAACCAAUUGCCCUCCACCUUCCCCUUUGACAACCUGGAAACCCUCACUCUCACCAACAACCCAUGGAAAUGCACCUGCCAGCUCCGCGGCCUUCGGCGGUGGUUAGAAGCCAAGACUUCUCGACCAGAUGCUACCUGCUCCUCCCCAGCCAAGUUCAAGGGUCAGCGUAUCCGUGACACAGAUGCCCUCCGCAGCUGCAAAUCCCCCACCAAGAGGUCCAAGAAAGCUGGCCGACACUAAACAGGUGGGGGCCGGGCAGGGAGGCCACCAUUGUCUGCCUUUGGAGAUUCUAGCCAGGGUGCUGUUGUCUCCCAUCAUGUCAUCUCUGGAGGGGUGAUCAGAUCCUCUGCUUACAGGAAAAGGAGGGGAGGACUGGGUCUCCCCCUCCAAGGGGUUGGCCUAGGACUUCCGCCAUUCUCUCUGAUGCCGUCGGGGUGACUGAAGACCUAACAACCAUCCUUCCCUCACUGCAGGUCCCGUCCCAGCCAGUCCUGGUGACUGCCUUCUGCUGGAGUGACUACUGACUCCCCCCUACCAUGCAUACCUUCUCCCACAGCCUCUGCUGGUGCACAGAGCUGCCCACACUUAGACACAUCCUGGCAGGGGGCACUGGACUCUCUGUUACCACCCCAGCUCCACCUAAUGGGGGUCCAAGGGAGGACACGGAGCCUCCCCCCAGUCACUGUGUCUGGACCCUGCCAUGGCUCCUCUCAAAGAAGCUAUUGCUCUGAGUCCGUCAGAGCCAAAAUGCAGUGGUCACUGGGAAGGCCACACGCCUCUAACCACCGUCCUCAGUUCCCUCCUUCCCGGCCAUUUGGAAACAAACAUCAGGCCCUUGUCCCACCCGUAUUGCCAGAAAGGAUUUCAAGCCCCUGUCCCCAGUCCCAGCCUGCCAGGACGUGCUAACAGGAUACCAGUGCUUGGCUGCACAUCCUCCAUGCUGCCUUUCAGCCCCAGACUUCCAUAAACAUAAAUUUAUGUGUGUCUAACAUUCACUUCCCUCUCACCGUUCCCUACACCUCACCAGGUGUUAGGUAAUAAGCGCACAGUUUUGCCUGAGUUCUGCUCCAGGAAGCAGGGAAUACCUGGAGGUUGACCUUUCGGCUUUCUGAUCUAGCUCGCCAGUCCCUACUCACUACAGGUCAAGCGUAGUACCCUGGCUCUGACA